AUGGACACUUUUCAAGACGAUUUCAACUGGUCUUUCAAGGCCAAAAAACCUUUCAAGGUGAUAGUUGUUGGAGCUGGUGUCGCUGGACUAACCGUCGCCCUUGGGCUGAAGAAGGCUGGGCACGAAGUCUUGAUCUUAGAACGAGUACAUGAGAUUGCUGAAGUCGGUGCUGGAAUUCAAGUCGCCCCAAAUGCCGCACAGAUCCUAGGGCGCAUUGGUCUCCUGAGCGAUGUUAUGGAGAAGGCGAAUGUAUUAGAGAGAAACUCCCUGCGCCGGUAUGCCAACAACGCAGAACUAGGAACAGCCCCUUUAAUGCCAGAGGUCGGUCAGAAAUAUCAUGCUCCGUUGGCUGUCAUCCACCGAGGAGACCUCCAGCGCAUACUGUUAGAUGGCGUCCGGGCCGCGGGCAUCGAAGUGCGCACCAGCUCCCGGGUAGUCCGAGCGGUAGAUGACUUCGAAGCCAAAGUCCAGCUCGAAUCGGGAGAGUGGGUUUCAGGAGAUGUGGUGAUCGCCGCAGACGGAAUCAAAUCUGAUUUGCGUCAUCAGAUCGCAUCCCACCACGGCGUGAAAGAUACUUGUCAGCCCACAGGCGAUGCAGCCUACCGCAUUCUGAUCCCCAAAGAACAAAUGAAAGGGGAUCAACGCGCUCUGGAUCUGCUCAAUCAUAAUGUCGGUAUGCGCUGGAUGGGGCCUGGAGGGCACAUCAUGGGAUACCCCAUCAAGAACAACACCGUCUACAACAUGGUAUUGCUACACCCUCAGAAGCCAGGCGAUUCGAAUGAAGAAAGCUGGACCAGCAAAGGAGACAAAAAAGAGAUGCUCUCCUUCUACCACGAUUGGGAUGACUUGGUGCGAAGCCUAUUGAGUUAUGUCCAUGAAGAUGAAGUCAUGGAAUGGACAUUGAACUCCCAUUUCCCUCUUCCCUCGUGGGUGGAAAACAAGUGCGUCUUGAUGGGUGAUGCUUGUCACCCAAUGCUCCCAUACGUGGCACAGGGAGCUGCGCAGGCCAUUGAGGAUGCCGGUGUACUUACUUGCGCGCUCUCUUUGACCGACUCAAUUCCCACAGCAUUGGCAGUCUACGAGUAUGUGCGAAAGGAACGUGCGGAGCGGAUCCAGAAUAGUGCGGCGGUGACGAGAAAGGCGUUGCACUUACCCGAUGGAGAGGAGCAGCGGAAACGAGAUGAAGCCAUCCGAGGAUCGGGCAAGAACCCUGACUUGUGGGCUGAUCCUAGCUGGCAAGAAUUCAUGUGGGGAACGGACGUUAUGAAGAACACGGUCGACAAGUGGGAUAACCUGGUUGCACAGAGCCAUGGAUACCAUGUACAUGCAGUGCAAGCAAUUGCCUACUAA